UCGUUAUCACGGGAAGAAGAAAAGAAGAAAAAGCGAUUUUUAUUCUAUGAAUAAGCUAAACUAAGAAACCAACCAAGCAUGGAAAGUUAAGGAAAGAAAAGUAUGGCCUUUUCUUCUUAGUAUUUUCUUCUCAUUUUCCCCAAACAAUAAUAAAAAAACAAAAUCAAAGUUUUUUUUUGAGAAUUUUUCUAUAAUAUCUCGAAAAACUCAGAGGGAGAGAAAGAGUGUGUAGUGUGCCAGAUCUGUAAGCUUAAAGAUUGAAAAAGGUGAAAUUUUGAUGAAACCCAGAAACAUGGGUGGAGUUGAAAUGAAAUGAGAGUUAUUGGUUUUGGUGGUGGAGCUCCAUUUGCAGUUCCCGGAGUUUGAUGGAGUCCGAAACGGCGUCGUCCUCGGAUGAACAGCGACUUGGAGGUGGAGGAGGUGGAGGACCCAAUGAUAACAGAGGAAAGCACAGGAUUCUUGCUGAGCUUAAGUGUCUUGAACAAGAGCUCAAAUGCUUAGAGGAAGAGUUGGAAGAGCUGGAGAGAACCGAAAAUGCCUCAACGAUCUGCGCAGAGUUGCUGUCUCAUAUAGAAACCAUAGCAGAUCCUUUAACUCCAACAACAAAUGGGCCUAUAAACGUUUUGUGGGAUCGAUGGUUUGAAGGACCCCAAGAUACACAAGGUUGUAGGUGCUUGAUACUCUGAUUUGUGACUUUUUGAGUGAACACUUUGUCACCAGGAUUGAUUUUUCAUUCCAUUAUUUGAUAUGCUUCAUUACAUUUUACACUGCAUUUGGUUAUGCAAAUUUCGGGUCGGUGAUAAUAUUGAUGCUAGAUUGUAAUCAUUUAAUUUUUACCAUUUAAACAGAAAAGUUUGUAUAUCAGAAUCUUCAAUGAGCUGAGAACGAGUUACUAAUGAAAGCAGUUUUCUCAACUUACAUAAUUUAUUUUUAAUAUUA